CCCCUAAAACCGUAGUGUUGUGCAUCUUCCUACUGAUCUCUGGUAGCACAUCCAGAAAUGUUUGACGGUAUAUCUUAUAAUAUUCCCAGUCUAUUUACCUGAUCAGUCAACGACGGUAUCACGUUCCUGUCGGUAAAUAACCUACGAACAGCCACUAUAGAUUUAAUAAGAAUAACUUGGUAGCCAACUUCAAGGCGUGGGAGUUGUCAGGGAAUAGUUAUUUACAAAUGGGGUCUGAGGCUUGGUUGAGACUUAUUCAGGGUGCAAAGAAAACGGCAAUUAUACAAGAUGGCAAAAGAAAGGUUCAUUUUCUGCUAGAAGAUGGCAGAGAGAUGGUAGAAGAGUAUCAUUUAGACACAAAUGUUCUUGUUAAAAGAGCAUGGAAAGAAAAAGGAAAACUUGGACAAGACGUAGGGUGGCUGGUUGAGAUAGGAGAUCCCGAGCCAAAGCAGCAGGACAAUCUGGAAAUUACUGGGAUUCGUGAAAGUUCAAAUGCUCCUUUUGUUACAAGAAGACUCACAAAAACCUCCUUGGAAUGGAGAAUACGAAAUUUACCAUAUCCAAAAGAUGUGUAUGUGGUGACUGCUGACAACGAUGGUACGAUUACAGUACGCACCACAAACAAAAAAUACUUCAAAAAGCUAGACGUUCCAGACUUAGAACGUAUAGGACUUAAGCCAGAACAGGAACGAAUAUCUUUUACCCAUCAGUUUAAUACAUUAAUUAUCACAUAUAAAAAACCACCACUGCUCCUGGAUUUAGAGAAAAAAGUAUUGAAUGAGUUAAUGCAAUUGAAGUCCAAGAAGGAAGGCGAUGUUCAAUGUCCCACAAGUUAAUAAACAAGCAUUUGUCAACAAA